UUCUCUGAACCCACCCCCCAUACAUGUGGCUUGGUGGUAGAGUUGAGAAAUCUCCCCUUCACUGUCUGUUGUUUGUGUUCUAAUAUUCUUUCAGCUCAUCAGACAUGUGGCAUCCUUCUGUGACUGGAUAUGAAAGAAUUAGUGAAGUAGUGCUUAAAAAAAACAAACACCACUCCCCAAACACCCAUUAGUAUGCUAGUUUCUGCAGAAGGGAAGGGAUAUAAUCUUGUUUAAACAACUAUGGCAGACAUAAACCAUAUUAUGAAAUCCUCACAAACUGUGACAGAUGCAAAAAAAAUCCCUGGUUCUGAAGGGAAGAGCAUACCUAUUAGCAAAUCUGUGGACUCUGUGAUACCGGCAGAUGAGAGUUACAGAAUGGAUCACCCUGAAAUGGGAAUGUGUCUUUUAGUCAACAAUAAAAACUUCCAUCCAGCUACUGGGAUGGCAUAUCGAUCUGGUACAGAUGCAGAUGCUGCACAUGUUGUAGACACAUUCAGGACCUUGGGGUACACAGUCAAGCCUUAUAAUGAUCUUACAUGUAAGGAGAUUAUUGAAGUUUUGCAUAAUGCUGCCAAGGAUGAUCACAACAAGAGAAGCAGUUUUGUUUGUGUCUUGUUAAGCCAUGGAGAGGAUGGACUCAUCUAUGGUACAGAUGGUCCUCUGGAGCUAAAAAUGUUAACAAGUCUCUUCAGAGGAGACAGAUGCAAGUCCUUGGCAGGAAAGCCAAAGCUCUUCUUUAUUCAGGCUUGUAGAGGAACAGAUCUUGAUUCUGGUAUUGAAACAGACAGUGGCACAGAUGAAAGCACAUGUCAGAAAAUACCUGUAGAAGCCGACUUCUUAUAUGCCUAUUCAACUGCUCCUGGCUACUACUCUUGGAGGAACUCAUCAGAUGGCUCCUGGUUUAUACAAUCACUGUGCGGGAUGCUGAAACAGCAUGCUACAAAACUUGAACUUAUGCAAAUUCUGACACGUGUAAAUCGCAAGGUUGCAGAAUUCAGUUCUUAUUCAAACAGACCAGACUUCCACGGAAAGAAGCAGAUCCCUUGUAUUGUGUCUAUGCUCACAAAAGAUUUUUAUUUUCCUCACUAGCUUCCUACACUGUGAUGUGAAAGCUAGCAGAAGAGCACUAGCGUUUUAUAUUAUUUUUAACUCUUGACCCGAUGUCCAGUCUCUAAUACAUAGGUUGUAUUGAAAUGUUAUGACCUAUGGAGUGGAUUACUACAAUCACUAGAAUAGUGGGAUCACUUGCUAGUUCAGAAAUUCUAGUUUGGAAAAUGAAAAUAUAUGUAGAUUUGCAGUUAUGCUCUAACCUCAUUGCUAAAAUAGAUUGAAGGAAGAGAUCAACAAUUACUGUCAAAAUAAAGUAUCAGUUACCGCAGACUGAAGAGCAGUAAAAGGUUACUUUUAGUUAACGUUGGUAACUGUUGCAGCCCAAUCCUGGGGUUAUUUACCUGAAAGCAAACUGUUGAUAGAAAUGGUAUUCCCCCCCCCCAAGUCAAUACCAUUAGAAUUGGAGAAAUUAAUGUCAUGACACGAGUGCAGUUUUUCAAUAUGGCGUAAGGACUAAACUAUUAUCUUUCAUAUACAAUCAUGUAGCACAAUCAAACUUGUGAGGUAGUUCUUCAGCCUUUUAGAAAUGGCUAUAUGAAAUGCUUUUUGAGCCUUUUCAAAGCUUUUUGACCACUAUAGAAUACCUUAAGAUUUUUUUUUAAAAAAGGAGGUGCUUCUUUUCUAAUAGAUGGCAAAUGGUUCUUGGAACGCUGAUCCUUACUGGAUCCAGGCCUUAAAGCAGUUUUGCAUGCUUACAUUCACAUUUCAGUUUAGGCAGGAGUGUUGUGCAAGUGGUAGUUUGUGAAGAGUAUAAAUUCAGCCUGUUCCUAAACACAUUUUUGUGGUUCUUAGUUUUAUUUAUAUAUUCUGUUUGAUGAUAAGAAGUAUAUGAAAAAUGCAUGUCCCAUUUCCCAAUCCUGAUUCUGAUUCCUUUUUUAAAAAGCAGCAUGUUUUAAAAUACUAAGACUUAGAAGCAAGUAUGUAAAAUAGAAGGUCAUCUUCAGCUCGAAUUAAAAUAUUUCUUCGGCCCUUUCUAGCAUGCAGAUUCUUAACUACUUUCUUCAUACAACUUUGUGUCCUGCCCGCAUUGGCUCAUUCUUAGCUUUCUUGACAUGGCUCUUACAAGUCUGGGCUACGUGUCCCUGGUGACCUGUCCUUCCUUAUCCCUUUUUUUGAAGGUUGCUUCUAUUUUCAGCUUAUUACUCAGCUUUUUGUGCAGCUACAUUGUCUUUAUUAUUUUUUAAGACAUCUGUCAUUUUUCUUUCUCAUCUGGAAUCGUUAGUGAUUGUGUCCUUAGUAACUCCUUUUUUAAAAACAACAACAACCCAACUUGUGCCUGUCUGGGGCUCUUUCCCCCAGUACUAUAGCUAUGGAAUCUCACCUAGUAUUUCUCUGAUACCAUGAAAAAAUCUUUCCUGAAAUGAAAGGUUCAAGUUUUGCUACACUUUCUUCCACCUUUCCAUAUGUAAUGUCAUCAUUACGUACAGUAGUUACUUUCCCCCCUGAAGUUCUCACCACUUCCCUGCUGGUUAAGAUCUAGUCAAGAAUAGCCAACCCCUUGCUGCUUCCUCCACAUUGUGAAAGAGAUGGUUUUCAGCAAGGUAUGUCAGAAAUUUGUUGCAUGAUCUGUGCUUAGCAGAGUUUGUAUUCCCACAGAUACCAGGGCAUUUGAAGCGUUAUUACUUCUUUGAAACAUCUGUAAUUUGUUUCAGGACAUGUUUCCCCAAUCUUCCUUGGUAUUGCAGUCUGUAGUAUACUCCAACCAUGAUGUUUUGCUUCUCUUAUUUUUACCCAGGGCUUCCCACAGGGACUAUCAUGAUCACUAUCUGGGAUUACUUUCUAGGUGUGCACAUUUGAUAGGUAAUGCUAUUCACCUUCCUUCACUCAAUAUGAACUUCUGUAGAUUUCAAGUGGGCUUACAAAUAAGUAAGUACAGGCAACAUGGUAGUUAAUAAUUUAUGCUAAACCAUGGUUUUGCACAACACGCACAAGCAGGUUCAGUGAACCUUGUUUUUGCAAGCACUCCCUUUGCCCUCUUCACACAUGGUCAGGAGGAAGAGUUUAGAAGCUUUUGCUUCCAUUUUCGGUUAAUGGGUUUGUUGCAUCACUGAAUUGGCAACCUGUAGCUAAUGUUACUUAUGGCAACUUUCAAACCAUGGGUUACAAAGUUAGCUUGCACUAUACUAUUCGUAGUUCGUGUCAAACACAAUUCUAGGUCUAGAUGGCACAGCAAACUGCAGCUAACUAAAAGUGGAAGAAAAAGCAUCUGAGCUCCUCUGCCAUGCAGGGAGGAUAUGAGCCAAGGCUUGCUGUGCCUGUGCAUGUUGUGCUCAAUAUUAACAUGAUAGUGAAUGUCUUCAGGCAUGGAUAAAAGCUUGUGUUAGUGAACUUGUGAUGCUUGCAAUACUCGGAGAAAUUAUUGUGAGUGUAACUGAGAUAGCUGUGCAUGUUUCGGGUUGAGACCUUUCGUCUUGAUCCAGAUGGGAGAUAAAUGUGCAGAAAUAGGUUCUGCAUGCAUGUAAGAUUUGCCAACAGCAAAAUAGGAAAUGGGAGCAAGUGGGACAGAAUACAGCAUUCGCUGGUGUAUGUGCAUAUCAUGGCUCUUUGGAAUAGAGUCGCAGAUCCACACUUCAAUGUUUCUUGAAGUUUUGGUGUCCUUAUUCAGCCAUGGGGGCUCCUGGAUUUGAUCCAUCCACCUACUCACCACCUGCUAAAUAACUCUGAACUUUGAGAAGCAAGCACAGCAGUGUGCUUCGAAUGGCAUAAUAUGCAAUAGUUUCUAUACAUUUGAACUUAUGGUCAGCUAAAUAAAUCAGUUAAUUUAUUCAGAAGAGUUGACUAUGUCUCUUGCUUAGAGGCAUGAAUCUUUUAAAAAGAAUAAUACAGAGCAAUAUCUGAAACCACCCAUCAUUGCAAACAAGAUUUUUGGCAAAGGUUUAAAUUAUUAGAUAUGAUUAAUUUAUGCGUGUGACUGUGACUAUCUUAACUCCUGUAUGAAAACCUAAUAAACCAUGUGCAUUGUUUAA